GUAACUUAUUCCCUACGAAGUGCACACACGCCGUAACCGUUCGACUCAACGAAAUUUUCAAUAAUUUUUUCCGGGCUUAAUAGAUUAGGUAGAAUAAUAAAAUUGACGUCAUGUGAAAGGGAAUAGUUUCGUUAAUCUAGAAUCGUUUUUUAAUCGCGAAUAGGUUAAUUCGUUCGCGUGUCAGAGGUCGGUUUUUACGAACAGUACACGGCAGCCAGUAUUAAGUGGCUUGGCGACCAUUUUCUCGAUAUUCCGGAACAUGUAGCGUUUUUCAGGCGUGUUAACGGUUCAGUUUUUAAAGUUCAAUUAUUAUUACGAGUAUCCCCAACGUUUCUCGUUUUUCCUUUGUCCUCGAGAAUCCAAAAAAACCCCAACCCAACCUCUAAGAAUGGAUCAUUAAAACAAAUAAAAAGAAGAAAUCGCUCCUUUUUAUUUCUAAACGGAAGAAAAAACCUUCCACUUCUCCAAGAAAUAAAAAAAAAUCCUUUGAAAUGCGUCGCCGUGGUAAGCAAGUGUUGGAAAGCCCCAGGGGGUCCUCAACUCCCGAUAUGAUGACUAUUAAAACCGAAUUAACGCCGAGUCCGCAUUUAUUGGAUCACGGUUAUGGGGCCACACCGCAAAACCAACUCACUUCUGGAACUCCUACACAACCCCCGGCUGUUAAAAGAAAACUUAACAUGGAUUCGCAACACAUCAUUGUACCAAUUAAACAAGAAUUUAAACCCCCACAACCUAAAAAACCAAAAAGAGCCUCACCAACGAAAAAAAAUACCAGAUACGACACUUCACUUGGUCUAUUAACGAAAAAAUUCACAGCAUUACUAGAAAAAUCACCAAGUGGUGUUGUUGAUUUAAACAAAGCAUCCCAAGAUAUGGAUGUUCCAAAGCGACGUAUUUAUGAUAUCACCAACGUUUUAGAGGGUAUUGGAAUUUUAGAGAAGAAAUCAAAAAAUAAUAUUCAAUGGAAAGGUGGGAAUUUGAGCGGGUAUAAAUUAACGGCUCUUCGAAACGAAUUGAAAUCGUUGGAGGAUCAAGAAAACACCUUAAAUGAACUGAUUAAUAUUGCUACUAAUGAUUUGCAAAGUUUAAAUAGUAGCAAACAUGGGUAUAUUACUUAUCAUGAUUUAAGAUCGAUACCUGAUUAUAAAAAUAAAACCGUGAUGGCCAUAAAAGCACCUCCUAAUACUAAACUACAAGUACCUAAGCAACCGAACGGCGAAGGUAGUACUAUGUAUCUUAAAAGUGAAACGAAAGAAGAGAUUGAAGUAUUUUUGUGCCCUGAGCAUGUUUCGCCACCUAAAAGUCAUAAAAAUAUACCUGUUAUGGACGUUUUACUUAAAGAUUUUCCUAGUAGUCCUGAAAGACUUACUACUCCUCCUGUGCCUCAAUUUGACAGUCCAUUAACUGAUCAUAAACCUAUAUCAUCACAGACUUGCAGAAAAUUAUCUUUUGUACGGGAUUUAAGAGAUCCAGUGAUGGAAAGUACACCUCCGAUUGUAACGACAGUUAAGCAACCACAUAAGUCAUCGGAUAGCCUUUUGAACUUUGUUAAUUCCAUGAACACUUCUCCCUUAACGAAUAUCCUCGACCAGGAAUCAGAGCAAGUUGUUUCUAUCAUGAACGAAAGUUUUUAUGGAUUGGAUAAGUUGCCAUUUAAAACGGAAGAGCUGGACUCUCCAGAUUUUUUGGAUCCUAUAUUCAGCGAGUCAUCGUUAAUAUCAUUGGAACCACUUUUAAAUUCAGAGUACAAUUACAGUAUGGAUAUGGGUGAAGGUUUGAUGGAUCUUUAUCAGGUCUGAUCUGUACUUUAAAAGAAUCGCUCGUUAUUAGUUCGCUCAUGUACAAAAGAAAGUAAAAAAAAAAUAAUAUUAUGAACCGAAAAAAAAAUUUUUUUUAAAUAUAAAUAUCGAUAUAUGAA